AAUAAAACGAUGUCAUUUGACUUCACACCGUCCAUUCGCUGUGAACAACGUGAACGUAAACCAAAAUGUGCGAGGUGUAGAAACCAUGGACUUGUGUCAUGGUUGAAGGGACAUAAACAGCGUUGUGCCUUUAAGAAAUGCGUUUGUGAGAAAUGCAACUUGAUCGCCGAACGUCAACGUGUGAUGGCAGCGCAGGUGGCACUGAAACGGAAGCAAGCUGCUGAAGAUGCUCUAGCGCUAGGUUUGAGGGUGGUGGCUGGCGAAUGUACUUCGUUUGACCUACCUCAGGGACCACUCUGGCCGUUCGACAACAAUACCACACCAUCGGAACAGCAGAACGAGUCGCGAAGUGAAUCGCCGAUUCCAGAAGAAACAACAGUCACAAACGACAAACCUCCAUCGUUGUCCAAAGAAAUGAUGCUGGCCGAGCAGGAUCAACAAAAAGAAAAUCGCUUGGAACGUUUGAAACCGCUCGAACUACUAUCAAUGUUGUUCGAGGAGCAAGAGCGCAGAGUGCUGGAAUUAGUUUUGGAGGGUUGCAAUGGGCAACUGCUGAAAGCCAUCGAAUAUUUCGUUUGCAUACGUCAAUCUCAACGUCUCAAACAUCCAGAAACGCGUGAUUUCCGUGAGCCAGAAGAAAAAUGCAUAGCCGAAUCACAUUCGGAGCUGCAAUGCUCACACCAAGAUUUAAGUGAAACACGGCAAGAGUCGCAACAACUGGAGCAGCAGAAACAUUAUAUGUUGCGUCAAGAGCCAUCGUUUGGUGAUGAACUGGCUCCGAUAAGACGUGACGAGUCACGUGUAGAUUUCUCGAUGAGUAGCCUGCUGGCCCGAAAUGUUCAUGAUACAACAACAGCAUCGUUGUCAUCGUAUCCGAACGCAUUUACAAAGUGGACUCCUCAAAUGAUUUCGCAGUCAACAACAACUUAG